AUGGACCGCGCAAAUCUGACCAGUCGCGCCACCGAAAUUUCGGAGGUUGUUCACAGCCUGGUGGGCGAUUUGUCUUCCCAGGGUAUCCCCGAGCCUUCUUUCGAGCAUGGAUUACCCGCUGUCCUGCAGAACGAUGCGCCGGACUCAAACGCCCUAGCCGCACGCAUGAAGCUACUGGGCUUAUUAGAUGAGCUACGUGAUCUCUUAACCGAUCCCUCACUAUUGGGUAGCCCUGAAUUGCGUAACCCUUCUUUGAGUAUAUUGGCAUUGGUUCGUCUAAAGAUCUUUGAGAAUUUUCCAAGUGAGGGAACCACCAUCAAAGAUCUAGCUGAGCGGGUGACUUGCAAUGAGAAUAUUGUUCGCCGAUUGAUGUCUCAUGCCGCUACCUAUCAUGUCUUUUUCCAAGAAAAGCCUGAUUUCUUCAUCCACACAGCUGGCUCCCGUGUUCUGGUGGAGAAUGAGGGUAUGCGUGCUUGGAUGCUGGUCGGACUCGGCGAGACCAUGCCUGGUGCCCUUAAAAUUGCCGAAGCCGUAUCGCAACACAACGACUCUGAAGAGCCACAACAUAGCCAGCAGGGAUGGAAUAUACAAAAUGGCACUGAUCUCCCGGUCUUCCAAGCCCUCGCCAACAUGCCUGAACGUGCGAAGGUCUUUGCUACAGCCAUGAGUUGGCUCGCUCAGCUACCAGGCUAUUCCCCGCGGUAUCUGGUAGAUCACUUCCCGUUCGGAUCUGCAGAUAUCACCGUUGUCGAUGUAGGCGGCGGCAUUGGCCAUAUCGCCCGGGCACUCGCAGAUCACUGUCCCACAAUUCAGUGCAUUGUACAAGAUCGGCCCGAGGUGAUUUCUCAGGCAGAAGAAACCUUGCCGGCUGACCUCCAGGAUCGUAUCCGCUUCCAGGCCCAUGACUUCUUCCAACCCCAACCGGUACAUGGCGCUGACGUUUAUUUGUUGCGUCAUGUACUGCAUGAUUGGUCCAAUAAGUAUGCGCGGAAAAUUCUGCAGGCUUUGAUCCCGGCUUUGAAGCCUGGGGCCAAGGUGGUUCUCAACGAUCGUAUCAUUCCGGGCUAUGGAGAGGCGCAUUACUUGAAAGAGCGUGAGGCACGGGACUAUGAUUUGUACAUGCUCGGUUUGCAGAAUGCCCAAGAGCGUACACCAGAUGAUUGGAAAACUCUUUUCAGAGAUACAGACUCACGAUUUAAUGUUACCAGAAUAUUUCAGCCACCUAAAUCGUACCUCGCCAUUAUGGAGGUGACCUGGGAAGGCUAA